AUGAUUCUGGUGAUUCCAGGAGAUACAUACAAACAUGUGUUCCUACUGCCAUCUAGUGAUGAGCCACUAGAUGCCACUGUUAAACAAAAACAGUGGUGCGACCGAAGAAGAAGAAGAAGAAGAAGCAGAGACCCGGAUGAGGAGAACAUAAAGCGGAAGCAGGCCUCGGCUCGUCCUUUUUCCUGUGGAGCUAACCACGUUGGUAGCGUCUGUUCCUGGCUCACCGCUGUUCGCUUGAAUUUGUUCCGAAUAAGUCGGUCAGGAAUAAUUAAAAUGGCUUUCAAGGACACUGGUAAGGCACCUGCUGACACUGAGGUCGCCAUCCAUCGCAUCCGCAUCACCCUCACCAGCCGCAACGUCAAAUCUCUGGAGAAAGUCUGUGCAGACCUGAUCCGUGGAGCCAAGGAGAAGAACCUGAAGGUGAAGGGACCAGUCCGCAUGCCAACCAAGACUCUGCGCAUCACCACCAGGAAGACUCCCUGCGGUGAAGGAUCUAAAACCUGGGAUCGCUUCCAGAUGAGGAUCCACAAACGCCUGAUUGAUCUGCACAGCCCAUCUGAAAUUGUCAAGCAGAUCACCUCGAUCAGCAUCGAACCAGGCGUAGAGGUUGAAGUCACCAUUGCAGAUGCAUAAGCAGUGCAGUUUUUCAAUAAAGAACUGAAAAAAAGAAA